AUGUCGUUUCAAGCAGCAGCAUUUGCAUUUCUAUUUCCUGGAAAUGCCAUGACAAACUCUCUACUGGCAACUGCCUAUAUAUCCAUCUUUCCCAACCUGCUUUUAUACUUUGUUCCUCCUGACAUUGACACAGGCGCUUUGAAUGUGCUGGUCAGCUUUGCCGUCGGCGGGUUGCUUGGCGACGUUUUUCUUCAUUUAUUGCCUCAUGCCUUUUUAGGAGAACCUACAGAGGAAAAUGCUGUGGUGGUGGUGGACAAUCAAAAGAACGUUCUCAUAGGGACUGGUAUCUUUGUUGGGUUAUUCUUUUUCUUUUUUAUGGAUAAAAUGAUGCGCGUUAUCAACGGUGGCAGCGGUCAUCACCAUCAUCACCCCCUUCCUGCCGAGACGCACGAGCACACACACACCGAUCCUAUCACAGCCGCCGCCGCGAACAACAACAACAACAACAACAACAACAACAACGGCAUCAAGCUCAGCGCUUACCUCAACUUAUUGGCAGACUUUACACACAACAUGACCGAUGGUCUCGCUAUGGCAGCGUCGUUCUACGCCUCACCCGCGGUGGGGGCAACGACCGCGGUGGCCGUUUUCUUUCACGAAAUUCCGCACGAAGUCGGUGAUUAUGCUAUUUUGGUCCAAUCCGGUUUCAGCAAGCAAAAGGCCAUGAUGGCCCAAUUCACCACGGCGGUGGGUGCUUUCUUGGGCACCUUGAUCGGCAUUUUGAUCGAAGAAGAGGCUCUCUCGAACAAACUGCUGGAUGCCACGAUGCCUGCGGUGGGCUUGAUGGGCACCGAUGUGACGUGCAGUGAUUUGGUGAUUCCUUUUGCAGCCGGUGGAUUUUUGUACAUUGCCACGGUGGGUGUGAUCCCUGAAUUGUUGGCCAUCACAGGCAAUGCAAAGAAAGAUAAAAAGCAAGCCUUUGCCGAAUUUGUGGCGAUGUUUAUUGGUUUGGGCUUGAUGUUUCUUAUUGCUUGGAAUGAUAUCCCCGCCUAG